AUGUUUUUGAUAGAAUCGUUCCGCGAUUAUCGAACAACUGAACCAAUUUGGUUUAGAUAUUUACGAAGUUUAUUUGCUAUUGUUCUCACAACGAUACUUAUUGUUUAUUCAAUAAAUAAAUUACAUAAUUUUAACGUACCGACAAACCCUAUUACUUUUACUUAUUCUCAGCUUGACGAAAAUAAUGGUUUUACUAUAAACAUAUGUACUGGAAUUUCGAAUGAAAUCCAAUUAAGAACUACCGAUCCUACUAAAGUCUUACUCUCCGCUCCGUUCAAUCUUACUACUGACACUAAAUAUUUAAAAGAAGACGUAUACACUAAAGAUAGAUUAGAACCAACCUAUUUUUCAUUUGACCUAGGACAAAUUUAUUUAAUAACUUUUAAGCCAAUGAUUAAAUUUAAUAGUUAUGGCACUCCUUAUAUAUUAGAAUUAAUGCCACGGGUAAGUCAAAUGCCUAUAAGUUUAAAACCCAAUGAACUUACAGUUGGAUUUAUCUUUCCUUCAAAUAUUCUCAAAUUUGAAGAAUUGAAGUACAAAUUUACCGAUUUAAUAUCUGAUUUUGGAGGUUUCUAUGGAAUCUUUUAUUUAUUAUUUGGAAUGCAAAAACUUGAACCGUGGGGUUUGAUACAAAAAUAUUUGCUUACUUAUAUUCCUUUUAGACAAAGUUUUACAAGAAAAUUCGCAGAAAGAUAUGUUACAUAUGUCGGCCUUCCACUUGUUGAGAAAAUUAAAUUUAAAGGUGAUUUACUACCAGCUGAUCCAGAACCACCAGUGGAAAAUAAUUCUCCUUUUCCUACAACUUCUGGGAGUGAAAUUCUGACACCGUUGAAAGAUGAAGUUCAAAUUUUAGAGAAAUUAGAAUAUUUAAAAGAUAGAGUUCAAAUGUUAGAAAUUUUUUUAAAGGAUUAUUAUUUAGAUGAUUAUUUAUUAAAAAAGGUUAGAUUUGCUAAACGUAAAUACGAUGAAAAGAUAGAUGAUGAAAAAAGGGAAGAAGAUAUGUUGUCAUGGGUUUAA